AUGGCUCCCAUCCGCCGCUACCUCCGCAUAACAAAGUAUUCCGUCCUCGAGGUCCGCAUCUAUCUCGAGAACCCGGCUCUCUCUCAAACCUGGCUUCUUAACCCGCGCGACCCGGUCCUGCCUCGAAUUAUUGAGGCUGUACGGCCUCUUGUACUUCCCAAGUUGCGCGAAGAGAAGGAGCGCGAGAGGGAGUACUUGGCAGCCAAAAAGAAAGGGAAGAAACUGAAGGCAGUUAAGGAUGUUGUUGUGCAGGGUGUGCAAAAGAUCUUUCGGGACAAGGUCCAGACUAAGAUCACGUCCAACUCAACGAAGCUGUUAGGCGCGGGGACUGCAGAUGAACCGGUGGAUGUUGAUGCUGGAGAUGUACCCCACGAUGAGGACUCACCGGUGCCGGUUCGCAGAGAGGAGGAUGAAGAUGUAAGAUUGGAGGAUAUACCCAUGAUUGAUCAGCCUGAUGAGGGUGCAGAUAGUAAGGUAAGAGGGGAGAAGAGGCCGCGCCGUCCGCGACGAGGUGACUCGGCAGACGAUGCGAUCAAUCUUCCCUCUGACGAAGGAGACGACACAAACCAGUCGGACUACGAAAACCCUGACGACGCCUCCGACAGCGGUUCUUCUGUCCUCCCAGCAAGGCCAUCAAAACGCCACCGCGCCCAACCCCCUCCUGGUGACGACGACACCGGUGAUUCGGAGGCGAAGAAAAAGCUACAUAUGCACAUCACCUACGAAGGCUUUGCAAUCUAUGGCCGGGUCUUGUGUCUCGUGGUCAAGAGGAGGGAUGGAGCAGGCGGGUUUGCUGGACGAGGCAUUGCAGGGGCAGGGAUUGCGUCUGCUUCGACUGGAGGUGCUGGUGCUGGAAGACAGCAGACGGGUGCUGCUGCCAAGGCCGCCGGGCAGGCUACGAUGGAGAAUUGGAUUGCUUCUACACAGGUCCAGCAGGUGGUUGAGGGCGAGGAGGGGGAGAUAGAGGAGUGA